GGUAUAUAUGUAAGUUAAUCAAUAGUAUAAUUUUUUGUGUUGAUGAACAUCUGUUUGGCUUUCACUGCAGAUUGACAUUUUUGAUGGGAACAGACAACCAGACAUGGGUGCAUGAAUUCAUCCUCCUUGGCCUGUCCAGAGACUGGGGCACUCAAGUCUCCCUCUUUGUCCUGUUCUUGCUGAUGUACCUGGUGACAGUGCUGGGGAACUUCCUCAUCAUUCUUCUAAUCAGACUGGACAGCCGACUCCACACUCCCAUGUAUUUCUUUCUCACCAACCUGUCGCUUGUGGAUGUGUCUUAUGCCACAAGCAUAGUCCCCCAGCUGCUGGCUCAUUUUCUUGCUGCACACAAAGCAAUUCCAUUUCUGAGCUGUGCAGCCCAGUUAUUUUUCUCUCUGGGCUUAGGAGGGAUUGAGUUUGUUCUACUGGCAAUGAUGGCCUAUGACCGCUAUGUGGCAGUGUGCAAUCCACUGAGAUACUCUGCCAUCAUGCAUACAGGACUAUGCAGUAGGAUGGCUAUUGUAUCUUGGGUCAGUGGCUCCAUCAAUUCAGCCAUGCAGACUGCUAUCACCUUCCAACUGCCCAUGUGCACCAAUGUGUACAUUGAUCACAUAUCCUGUGAGCUUCUUGCUGUGGUGAGGCUGGCCUGUGUGGAUACCUCUAGCAAUGAAGUUGCUAUUAUGGCAUCUAGCAUCAUCCUUCUGAUGACCCCAUUCUGCCUGGUCCUCUUGUCCUACAUCCAGAUAAUCUCCACUAUCCUAAAGAUCCAGUCAAAAGAGGGAAGAAGGAAAGCCUUCCACACUUGUGCCUCCCACCUCACUGUGGUUGCCCUCUGCUAUGGUAUGGCCAUUUUCACCUACAUCCAGCCCUCUGUCCUUCAGGAGAAGUUGAUUUCUCUGUUCUAUGCAAUUUUGACACCCAUGCUGAACCCCAUGAUUUACAGUCUAAGGAAUAAGGAAGUGAAGGGGGCUUGGCAGAAACUAUUAGGACAGUUCUCUGGGUUCACAUCAAAACUGAAAACCUGAGGAAUCAUAAGCAUCACUGGCAAAAAGGCCUUUGCUUCUGUGUUCUGCUCCCAGUUACGAUA